AGUUGCUUGCUUCAAUCGGAUGUGUGCGCGUCGUGCGUGCUCGUCGGAGUGUGGUUCUGUGGCGCCUAUUGUUGCUUUGAUCGUUCGAAAUGCGUGUUACGUAAAGUGUUUAGCGUGGAGUACAGCGCGAGUAUGUGUGAUUGUGUGCGAAUUGUUAAUAGCCAAAAGGGCGUACGCUUGCCACAGAUGUAUGUGCUUGUGCUUGACCUGGAAUUAAUUAACGAGUGUCGCGAGUGACGCAGCGAUUACAGUCGAGUCCCUAAGUCAACAAAGUUGCAUUGAUCGUGACCAUGGAUUUAUGAGAGAAUUGCUUCGGAAUAAAACUUGAAGUGCCACAGCCAGUGCAUCGAAGGACUACAAUUUGAUGAAAUGCAAUCAGCCGUCCAGUACCAACUUCAAAUGAUGCUUUUCCGUGAGUUGAUUGCGGAACUCAUCUCGUCAAGCCCGUUCCCCAGUGUAGAGUGUAGGUCCAUGUAAUUAAGCAUACUCCGUGAAGUGCAUUCCAUGCUCCUUGACUCCUCCAACAAGAGUGGAGCGAGGAUCAAACGAAAACUUGCGUAAAGGAAAGGAAUCGCCUAUAUCCAGCACCAGGAGAGGAGUGCACGGCGCAACCACAGUGCAUCAGACAUCACCAGUCUCUUAAUGAUGAUCGAAGCGACGCACUCAAUCAACCGUCACCACCGGGCUGCAUUCAAUCAGUGCGACUAACCACCGCCUUAACGACGUCCGCUUCCCAGCAAUCGCCCGGGGCACCAGGACACCCAACAUAACGCAAACGCAACGCCCGACAACAUGAACGUUUUCCCGUGACAGUUUUAGUGCGUUUGUCCGUGUCCGAGCGUAGCGUAGCGACCAACAACGGCUCCUCCGAAACUUCAAAACACCCGCGAAGAAAAGGGACCACAACCAGCCGUUGCUUUUCGCAAUCGUUACCAUGCUCGCCGUCGUUGGUCACGAAACAAUCGUUAAAACAAUGCAGGGUGAGAGGAUGGUGCAGAACCACCACCACCGUGGACGGUGACCGUGGACGUCUUCAGCCAUUUCCUUCCAGCCCUACGGCUACGGCUCGGCCGCAACCGUGGCGACCUUUGGCGGCCAUUGCUGAAUGUCUGCAAAAGCUUACCUUCUCCACCUGAAGUGGACUCGGGUGUGUGCGACUUGAAGGUCCCAGGGACAUUGGCCACAAAUCAUUGCCCUACGCAAAGCGCGAACGGUCACCCCCGGUGGGACGUGGACGCGGUCGCCACAUUGUGCGUGGGUAAAAGUGUAAAUAUAUAAAAGAAAUCGAAAGCAAAGGAAAGAAGAAACACAUUCUCGGUUCUCCAGUGCUCCCUCCAGGCUCCUGGGAGGCUCGCUCGUCCUUCCCUCUGUAAGUUGUGCUUCAAACACGAUAGAAUAUUUAUGAUACCAUCGCGAACUCGUUAGAACGGUUGUGCUUGUGAACCAAAUCGAUUAUACUCCGGGUACAUUCACCGUGCCAUAAAUAACCGAUAACCGACCGACGAGACCUUCCGAGACCGGAGACGCGUGCGAAGACGCCACGUGAAUUGAAGUUCUGCGCCGAGUGUCGUGCCAUCCGAUUACUUCGCAUUGCGUCGAAUCGCGCAUCGCUUGACCACACCACCGCUUGAAUAUCAUUCCCACACCGAUGGGACACUUUCAUGGACCGGACGACGCAUCCGAGAUCGAACCGUUCGAUCCCGAAUCCCUGCUCAGCGAGGGCCACACGGCGACGGGCACCACGUCCAGGAUGUUGCGGCGUGGCAAGGGCCAAGGGCCGAGUCCCAUCAUCGUCAGCGGAUCCGAUGCCGGGACGAGUAAUGGCCAGAAUGGAUCCCGCGCCGUACGGAAAAGCUUACCCAGUGGUGGCAGUGGUCACGGGAGUAAUAGCAGCAGCAGCAGCAGCAGUAGCAGUCGUACCAGUAAAACACCAAAGCCGAAAACGCGCGAUUCCGAUUGCUGCAGCAUUAACUUCAUCAAGUAUUCGCUUCACAUACUCAACGCCCUCUUUCUCAUAUCGGGCCUGGUGAUAGCCGGUGUGGCACUGUGGACGGUGUUGUGGAAACACCAGUACAUCUCGCUGCUAUCGACCACAAACUAUGCCAUCGGGACGUACGCCCUGCUGGCCGCCGGUGUGUUGGCGAUCGUCGGCGGCAUUCUUGGCUGUUGUGGCGUGCUGAAUGAGAAUCGUGCCCUCCUGCUGCUGUACACGUUCAUCCUGCUGUUUGUGUUCCUGCUGGAGGCCAUCGUUGGCGGAUUAGCUUAUCUGUACGAGACACAAAUCGAAACCGAGCUACAGCACAGCCUCAACACUACCUUCAUGGAGCAUUACGGUGUAAGCGAACGUCAGACGCAAGCCAUCGACAGCAUCCAACAAACGUUCUCCUGCUGCGGUGCGGUUCGGUUCGAGGAUUGGCGGCACAGCGUUUGGCUACGGUCGAGGCGAAAGGAUCUGAUAAGGCCAACCGAGGGUCGCCUGGUGCCCGACUCGUGCUGCAUAACGGUGACACCCAAGUGUGGCGUGCGCGAUGGCCCCAGCAAUAUUCACUACACGGGUUGUAUCUACGGGAUGACGGAUGACCUGAAGUACCACCUCAUUCUUCUCGGUGCCAUCGGGCUGGGCCUUAGCGCGAUAGAGGUGUUUGGGGUGAUACUAUCCUGCUGCCUGUACGUGAAGCUGAAGAAUGUGCUCGACUGACAAAAGCCAGCGGAUCCAAUAGUGGAGCUAAUGGAUCCGCUGCCGGACAACAUCAGUCUUAUCUACGGUUAUGACGAUCACCGUAUAUGAAGGUUCGACCCCCGGAGGGUCCCGAUAUCAACGAUGCUGAGGUUGUAAAUAUGUAUAGAUUACUAGCUUUUAUGUUCUCAACCUUCUCUCGGUGAGGAAUGUUUUCCUGGAAAACCUUCAUUUUUGUAGUGAAAAAAAAACGCUACACCGAUCACACGUAGGAUAAGAAAGGUUAAAUCUUGUGACGUCGACGAUUGCCAAAAAAAGGAGCGUGAUGGAUCGUUACAAGUUGAGAAGAAUGAUGCAUUUGUUAUCAUGAUUGUGUAAAGUAAAAUAAAACAGUUUAUGAAAACCUG